UAGACCAUGGGAACAGGACUGGCAGGGCUCGGAGUCGGGGCUAGUAGCAGACCAGCUCAUAUUGCUCAUGUUAUGUGAUGGAAGCAUUUAGCAGUCUUUGAAUUCAACAAUUCCCAAAGGAACUUGGAAUUCAGGAGGUAUGUGGUACAUAAAAGGGUACAAGCCUGCAUCCAGCUAAAAUGCAAUCCUUAAGAGGUUUCAAGACCAUCCUGUGCAUUAUUCCUUCCUUCCUCUCUUUAUUUGUUCCUUCUGGUUCUGAUCCAGUUCUGUUAGACCUUCCAUUUGUCACAGUUUGGAAUGCUCCCACACGCCCGUGCUUGGAAAGGUUUGGUGUAGAAAUUGACUUGGAUGUUUUUGAUAUUGUGAUGAACCAGAACCACUCAUUCCUUGGAGACCAAGUGGUGAUCUUCUAUAGCAAUCAGCUGGGCCACUAUCCUCAUUAUGACCAGGACACGAAGCCUGUCAAUGGAGGGCUACCCCAGAAUGCCAGCCUUGAGGAACACCUGAUGAAAGCAAGACAAGACCUAGAGGCAACUAUAUCUGGCAAGAAUUUCAAAGGAGUAGCAGUAGUAGAUUGGGAAAACUGGCAACCUCUCUGGAAUCGCAACUGGAAACAAAGGAUGUUAUACAAACUGCGCUCCCUAGAACUAGUGCACCAGAAACACCCAGAGCUGCCUUUCCGAAAGGCUGUAAAAAAAGCCAGGAUGGAAUUUGAGGAUGCCAGCCAGAAGUUCAUGAAAUCCACCCUGGAGCUUGCCCAAAGAUUAAACCCUAACGGUUUGUGGGGUUUCUAUGGUUUUCCCAACUGCUUCAACUAUGAAUACAAGGACUCUAGUUAUAAUUACACAGGCAUGUGUCCUGUAAGUGAAAAACGCAGGAACGACCUUCUUACAUGGUUGUGGAGGGCCAGCAGGGCUCUGUAUCCUGACAUAUACCUGGAAAAGCAACUGAAGAAGUCAAAGCAUGUUAGAUGUUUUGUGAAGCACAGGGUGGAAGAAGGUUUCAGAGUCGCUAAGGUGGCACCUGGAGUCGAUCUGCCUGUGUUACCUUAUGCUCGCAUUGUGUAUACAUACAGCAUGGACUUUCUCACUCAGGGGGAUUUGAUUCAGACAUUAGGACAGAGUGCAGCACUGGGAGCAGCUGGCAUCAUCCUCUGGGGAAAUACAGACUACAGUGCGAGCAAGGAGUCCUGCCUUGCGGUGAAGUCCUAUGUACACGAGACCUUAGGUAAAUACGUAAAGAAUGUGACCAGAGCAGCGAUCCUGUGCAGUCAGUCCAGGUGCGCUGGUCACGGACGCUGUGUACGGAAAGACCCUUCCUCUGAUGCCCAUCUCCACCUUGACCCCAAGAUCUUCACCAUCACAAACAAUCCUCUCAAAGAAGGACUCAUUGUGGAUAACGCGACCUCCAACGGGAACCUCAGUCAGACGUGGACACAAUUCCAGUGUCGCUGUUACAAGGCCUGGAGGGGUACAAAUUGCACAGAAGGAGCCAACACAACACAACACAUAUGAGAAUGGUUAUAAACCACAGACCACAAAUAAACCAGCUCCUCGGCUCCUUAUUUACACAGCUGUGGAUAUACGAAACGUACUUUCCAUUUAUAGUCAGCUACCAUGAAAAAAUAUUACUACGUAGAUAUUGCACAAAUAAUAAUAAAAC